AUGGCAUACAUAACCAAUGGCAAUGAUGAUUCAUUACCCAUGCGAGUUAAAUCUCAAUGUGUACUUUUACGUGCUGAUAUUGAUCAAUUUGAAAAGAGUAAAAAAACAAUAGAAACAACCAAUAAUCGUUUUAAAGAUGAAAAUACACUCAAAAUAAUCGAUUCCACACGACCAUCAAUGAUUACAACAACAUCAACAAGAAAAGAUUUAAUAACACAUGAACAUAAUACUCAAUUGAAAUUUUAUCAAACGAUUGUUAAUGAACUUGAAUUUCAUCAAUGUUCAAUAUCAAUACAGAAUCCUAAUGCAAUGCAACAAGACUAA